GGGCAGGUAGAAUGUUCCAGAGUCGGGUGUAGCAGGAACUGAUAUAAUGUGGUGGUGCAACCCGUCGGAACGUCUUGCAGCGCUACUUCUGUCUUGAGGAGUGGAUAUUGUGUUGAGAGGUCUGAAUCGGGCAAGUCGUCAUUAGAGCAAAGACGUAUCUUAUUUGACCAUUAGCUGUAUCCAUAAUAUCGGCAUAAUGGACGGCGGAGUGACAGUAGUUACCAAUCCCACGGUGAAUGUGCGCAUAACAAGCACCCUCUCCUCCUUUGAGGUGCAGCGCAGGUUCAAUAGAGGGAUCAGUAUAGCAGAACUGAAGGGAAGACUGGAGAUGGUUGUGGGUGCAUCCCCCUCCUCCAUGGACCUGGAGUUGUUCAGCGUUACUGACAACUUCUUGCAGAAAAUGGACGAUAAUGAUGCUUUGCUGGGUUCCUAUCCUGUGGAUGAUGACUGCAGAAUACAUGUUCUUGAUAGAAGUGGAUCUCAGAUGGGCGAGUUCACUGAUGUUUCCAAAGUGGAGAAGUUUGAACUCUCAGCUGAUGCUUAUGAUAAGAGAACAGAUUCAGCAAAGUCAUUCAUGAAAAAACAUCAUAUUGGUCGAUACAACGAUGAAGAAGUGGCCAAGAAGAAAGCUGAGAUUACUGCUCGGCAGGAGGAACAGAAGGCUGCUGCUGGUGCCAUUACUGUUGGCAGCCGAUGCAAAGUGCAGGUCCCUGGGCAGCCCACAAAGCUUGGUACAGUCAUGUUUGUUGGUCCAACGGAUUUCAAAUCGGGCUAUUGGGUAGGUGUGAAGUACGAUGAGCCCCUGGGAAAGAACAAUGGAACCGUUGAUGGGAAGAAAUACUUUGAAUGUGAGGACAAAUAUGGUGGAUUUGUGAAACCCCUGAAUGUGAUUGUGGGAGACUUUCCUGAGGAGGAUUACGGUUUAGAUGAGAUCUAGGACUGAAACAAAGUGGGUAGAGUGUUUUCUGCCCUGGAAUAUGAGCAUCAACCUCAAGCUGUUAUCCAUUCACCAACCAGAGAUGAGACAAAGUUAUUGUUAUUGUAAUAAGUGAAACUUUUGGUUCUGUUUGUUUUGUUUUGGUUCUCUGGAAGGCAAAAUCCAAUGAGUGGCAUCCAAAGGUCAUCUAUACCAGUUUCAGACUGGAGGCAGAAGCUUUGCAGAAUGCCUCAAUAUUUCAACUUGCAUACCACCUUCUUGUUGUAUGUGUGUCUAACCACACACACACACACACACACACACUGUCUGGACAGUCAAAUUUUGGUUAACAUGAGCAGCACUAAGCGACGCUUCCACCUCCUGUCUGAACUUGGCUUUAAGUUCUAACAUCAAUGCAGCCUGAUAGAAGAGAUGUCAGGAAGCGCAUCUUUUGGUGUGCUGCACAUGGGGAUAAUGACACAGGA